AUGAUGUGGUCGCUGAAGACGCGGACCAACUCUCACUACAAACUCCUCCUCGACCUGUGGCUCGUGCUGAUGGCCUUGANUCGCGUGGCCCGCCAUCGAGGGCCGCCGAACGGUGCCCUCCGACCAGUGCUACAUCCCGUUCCUCGAGUCCAACAUUUGGGUCACGAUAUCGACGGCUCUGAUCGCCUUCUGGCUCCCGGCGUCUCUCAUGUGAUAUGGCGCGAGACGGAACGGCGCUACAAAGACCUCACGGCUCUCGUGAUGGUGUCCCACUCGCUGUCGUCGCGAUCGUCGCACACGUCCACGUCGUCCACGUGUUGGCAGAAGUGUUGUGCGACGAAAGCGACGGCAGUGUCAUCGCAGACGUCGAUCGCGGCGUCCGGCGAGACUCCGCCCACCUCUGAGUCCAUCUACACGAUUGUCAUCCAAUUGGACGUCAAUUGCGAGCACUCGGCGACCGUCACGAUGCUGAACGGCGCGCAGGAGGAGGCGCCGCCCUCGCCGCCGCCCACUCGCAUC